UCGGGGCCACGCAGAUGGCGCUCGGAUGCCUCAUCGUGGCCGUGAGCUUCGCCGCGCUGGCGCUCACCACCUCGGCCCGCGUCCGCCACUCCUGCCCCUUCUGGGCCGGCUUCUCGGUGCUGCUGUCAGGCCUCAUUGGCGUGGUCUCCUGGAAAAGGCCUCUCUCCCUCGUGAUAACCUUUUUCAUGCUGCUCUCUGCAGUGUGUGUAAUGCUGAAUUUGGCUGGUUCAAUUCUCUCCUGUCAGAACGCUCAGCUUGUCAAGUCCCUGGAAGGCUGUCAGUUGAUUAAGUUUGACAGUGUCGAGGUGUGUGUCUGCUGUGAAAUGCAGCACCAGUCGUCUGGCUGCAGCAACCUGGGGGAGACGCUGAAGCUGAACCCGCUGCAGGAGGACUGCAAUGCUGUGAGGCUGACCUUGAAGGAUCUCCUCUUCAGCGUGUGUGCCCUCAAUGUCCUCUCCACCAUUGUGUGUGCGUUGGCCACGGCCAUGUGCUGCAUGCAGAUGGUCUCCUCUGAUGUCCUACAGAUGUUUUUUCCACAAAGGGCGCACUCGGCCAGCCCUGCCUGCUUGACCCCCCACGGCACCGUUCUCCACCAGACCCUGGAUUUCGAUGAGUUCGUCCCCCCGCUGCCACCUCCUCCCUACUACCCUCCAGAGUACACCUGUACGCCCACAGCCGAGGCCCACAGGGGCCUCCACCUGGACUUUGCUGCCUCGCCAUUCAGUACCUUGUAUGACGUUGCCAUCAACAGCCCUGGCCUGCUCUAUCCUGCCGAGCUCCCCCCCCCCUACGAAGCCGUCGUGGGCCCGACCCCAGCCAGCCAGCUGGUGAGUGUAGAGCAGCCGGGGACCGAGUCCAGCUCCGGGGACCCAGGCUCCACCGCUGGCUUCAGCGCACAAGCGCCAGCCGACAGCACAAGCCUCCCAGCAUCCGAGGGUGCCUCUGCGCCUGGUCCAAGCCACCCGACCCCCGAAGACCCGGCAGGCGCCCCACCGCCCACCCCACACGCAGGUUGCGCAUCUCCAGAGGGCCUGGUCCAGGGCAAGAGGGUGCAGCCGGGAUCUGGGCGCAUUGCCCGGUCCGCCAGCGACCCCACCUCUUGCUCAUCCAGUGCAGCAGGUGAUUCCUCUUCGAACACCCCCUCCUGCAGCCAGGACCUUGAAGCAGGACUGUCCCGGGCUCUGGGGACUGUCUCCCUGUCUCGCUCCAUCACAGCCACUUGUGCGCAUCGGCACCCCUUUUCAUCUCCCGGGGAAUCACAGGCCUGGAAAACCGACGCACGGUUAAAGCCAGAGGCCUUACAGACGGUCUCCAAAGAGCAGCCACACGCUUUAGUGGCCAGCAAGGCCUAUGCAGACACCAGGGUGUUGGUGGCUAAGUUUUUGGAACAUUCUAACUGCUCGCUCCCGCCCGAGGUGCGGCACGUGGUGGGCGCCCUCCGCUCGGCGGUCACCUCGGAGGAGUGCCACGUGGAGCAGGCCAUCCUCAGCGCCGGAGUCCUUGACCAGGUGUGAACGAGUCACAGGUCUCCACGUGAACCGGGACGAGCCUGGCACCAGCAUGUCCUGCUGCUGGAGAUGCCAGGCCUUCAAGGACAGACCUACGGCCCAGGAGGAUCUUGGGGUGCCUGGGGCGGGUGGGAACUGCCUCCCUGUUGGGAGGUGCAUCUGGUCAUUUGUUUCCUGGGGGAUGACACGUCCUACCUAUUCCAGUAAUACAGAAAAUGACUCUCUUGUGUCCAUCGUGAACUCUGUGGUUUUGUCAGGCACGUGCACCUCACCAGCCUUGCAGGGGUGCAGUGGCAGGCGCCCCCUGUGCCUGCGGCCUUCCUCCCCCGGUUUAGUGUAGUGUUAAGUGGAUAGAGGAUGACAUCACAUAACCAGGGCACUUUCUCACGUGACUUGUAUCACUCAGUCAUCAACCCUUUAUCACAUGUGGAAUUUAAAGAAAAUAGGCCAUUCCAGCACAGAGGGCAGCCGUGGAACAAUGAGGGGCUCCACAGUAGCCAUGCCAGCUUGGGAGGCGGAUGGACGUAGCAUGGGUCUUCCAGAAGGGACCCCCUCCAUCACCUCAUCUCCCAGGCCUCCUCUCUGCCUCCCCCCAGCAGGUGCCUUCCUCACCUUCUCAGUCUCCCGCAUUUUGGUUCCAGUAAGGAGCAGCCUCUAGUGGUUAUUUGUCCCAUAUGGUAAGGGCCAUAUACAGCCACUUUGGGGGGUUCACCUGUGUCUACCUUCCCCAGGAUGGACUCAGUGGGUGAUCUGGCAAAAGCAUCCUGUGUCCCGAGAUAUGUCAUCUCCCGAGAAAGAGUGUUCCCAGGGCGUUCCCUUCCCCAGCCAGGGGCCAGCAGUCACAGCUGCCUCGGAGAACGCAUUUCCUUCCAGAAAAUGCCCAGAGUUGAAGAGGCAGAAGCAGGCAGUCCUCGCUCCUCUGCACCUGUUGACUCGGCCCCCAGCCCCUCCUGUUUUGGCAACGUCAGGGGCAGCACUUCCCCUCAGUCACCCUAGGGCAACACUGACCUUCUAGAACUUUUCAUGAUGGGGAUUUGCAAAAAACCUGCACCAUCCAAAAUGGCAGCCACUGACUAGGGGCCCCUGCAUUGAACAAGGCAGCUCAUAGGCCCCAGGUUUCAACCAAGAGCCCACGGGCCUGCCAUGGACAGUGCCUGCCACUACUCCAGGCCCAGCAGUCCAAGCGACAUGGCUGCCUUUCUCCUCUGCCCUGUACCACCUUUGGCCAGUGUGCUGGGGCUGAGAGGGGGGCAUCCCAGAAGUCUGGUGUCCUGGGAAAUGAGGCGCAGGAAGCCUGCAGCGACAGUCAGCUGUGGACACUUCUGUCGCCUCACUGAUUUUACUGCCGUUGCCUCCCAGGGGUGAGUCGGUUGGAAAAAUACAGAUUACCCUUUUGAUGACAACCCGAACUUUUCCACUGGAGACAGACCAGAGGUGGAUUGAUGAGCACUUUAUUCAGACUAUAAAAUGGGAAAUCUGUUCUUUUCAUUUUUCUCGCCUGAGAGCUUGGGAACUUCCCCAAAGUGCAACCCCUUGCAAGGUGAAGUUAAUUGGUGGUUUUUCCAAGUGGCCUCCCCUGAGCCUACCUGCAAAAUGUUAAUGGCCCCGACGCCCUGGUCAAUGAAUCAGGGCAUUUUCUUUCUCUCCGUGUAGGAUCCAGAGCUGCUGUGGGGAGCCCUAAUUCUGGUCUGGGAGCUCAAAAAGUGUCCCUGGGCUAAGCCUUGGGGUGAGCUAAGCCUGUGAUUGGCAGACGUGGGUACAAUUCUCGUAGAAUCAGCCCCUUACCCGCCUGGCCCCUGGAGCCCACGCCCCAGUGUCUUAUUGUGAGCACUGGGCCACCCUGCGUGGAGCCCUGCGGCCUCCCCUUCUGCUCUCAGGUGGGGGCCGCUGUCUUCUCUGCCAGCCGGAGCCCCUGGCCCAGGCUGUGUCUCGCCUACAGCACAGGUGAGUGGUCUGGUCCAAAGCCCGGGUCCACACUCCCUCAAAUGUUCUGCCCUUCACACCCACCUCAAAGUUCACUUUCAUAUUUGCUGUCAUAGUAGCUCUACCUUUUGGAUGAGGGAGCUGUGCCCCAUUUUGUAUUGAUGGGCCAUAACCUGCCUCACUGU